AUGCAACAGCAGCCUUACCCAACUUUGAGUGAAGCACCUCACAAUGUUGAGCUGUAUGUUGACGCUAGUGAUGCGGCCAUGGACAGUGUACUCUCACAGCAAGGGAGUUGA